AUGUCGCUUUCACACAUUUUUGUUCCGCGAAAUCGUAAAGUAGAUUUCACGGUAGAUAUUUCGAUAGAAGAUCUUGCUAAUGUACCAUUAGUGACUGGGCUGUUCUAUGUAAAGUGGAAACUACAACAUGCAGAAAAGUCGAGUGGCUCUACUGAACGAGCUUUCAUUAAAGACUACUCUGUAUUUUGGAACCAUAAUUUGUCAAAUAAGAUACAGUUAGUUGUAGGAAGCGACGGAUAUUUGAUGCCUUGCGAAUUUCGGCUAACUAUAAAACAAGAGUUAAAGGGAGGCAAAGAAAUAAACACAAUAGGUUCUUUAUCGUUAAAUCUUUCCGAGUAUGUCGAUUCAGGUAAAAUGACGCGUCGAUAUUUAUUACAAAAGAGUAAGAUCAACUCGACAAUAAAGUUGUCAAUUGAAACAAAGCAUACUACUUUUGGUGACGUGGAAUAUAAAGUGCCACAAUUAAAAAAGACUCAAAUAUUUGGAGGUAUCACCGGUAUAAUAACAGAACGGAAGGAACUUCAAGAUGAUGAAAGAUCAAAACGAGCUUUUAAAAAUAGAUCGAAUUUUGGACCACAUUAUCUCGCGAAGUCACGUUCAACAACUUCUUUGAGAUCGUCAGAUUACGCACAAUCACCUCUUUUUUCACCCAUAGUAACAUCCUCUCUAGCAGAAAACUCGUUUCUUCGUGACGCAGGAGAACGAUCGCCAACUGAUGUGGUGGAAGAUAUAUUUGCAAAUAUAUACGUGCACGCACCCGAUGAUGACGGUAGUGAUAGUGAUAAUAAAAAGCAGAAAAAGUGA